CUUGUCAUUGUCGAUCGUAGAAUGGCUUCCCCUCAAGUCUGAAGAACACUGGUGAAGCUUUCCUUGAUUUCGACCGUAUUGUUUUACCAGCUGGGAGCACCGGAGGCCGAAGGUAUCAUAAGCUGACAUGGGAGGCUAGACAAUUCCUUCUUAAUGACUCUAUUUAGUUUGUUGUUUGAUGAUAAAUUUUGAAAUAAGAAUAUGAAAUUUGAUUUCGAACAAUGUUAACAGUUUGCGAAAUAACUUCACAAUAAGUCAAUAAGAUUAUAUUUUCGUUAACUUAAAACGCUCAAUUACAAAAACAAAACAAAAAAUAAAAAUUAAAAGAGUUUUUAUUAAUUUUUUUUCCUCUUUUUUUUAAAACUCCUUUUUUUUAAUUAGUGAAAUAAUUUAUUAUAAAUGUCUUGUGUUCACAUUGUUUUAUCUAUGUGCUGAAAAUGUACAACACAAUCAUAAAACAUUUCCAUUUGUUUGGCUCAAUAAAAGAAUCUUAUCUUAUCUUAUUAUUUCUGAAAAGAAAAGCAUGGAAAAAUAAGUAUUAAAGAGCUAUUUAAAAACGAUACUAUAUUUAUUUUGUUUUUCUCAGUUGCAGUAGAAAAUGUCCAAGCCAAACUCGGAAACCACUUACAGAUAACGUAACAACAUGAAUGUUGAUGUUUAACGUUGCCAAUUUCAGUGUCUUUUUUAUUAACUGUGUAUAAAACUAUGAGCAGUACACACCACCCGUAGAACAUGGGGGAAAAGUUUCUAGAGUAAGAAACAAUAAUAUGUUUAAAUCAGGGACGAAUAGAUUUGAUGAACAUGGACCACUAUAGCAAUUUGAAGGUUCACAGAGCUAACGCAUCAGUUAAGAGAUAGAAUUAGAUGUACAGCUCACGUAGUGCUACGCAUAAACCCUAUCUCUAAGAUACUCUGCACGCCCUUGGAAACAAAAAAAGUUACAUGCGUCAUGAAAAAGCCUUAAUUGAGACGCAUACAUUUUUUAUUUAGGUGUUCAAAUUGGGCGCAUCUCUGGCUCACCCGGAAAAGACGCUCGUAAAUACACAGCGUUGUCUCACAAAAAAAAAAAGUGUCUUUUAGUCAUUUGCAUGCGACCGUCUUUGUCCGCAGCUGACCAGCGCCAACAUGAUGCACAACAAGAAAGAAAGCCUGGACGUGGCCGUCCUGCGGGAGAAGAUCCGCAUCAAAAGUAAGUCUUGCGAAUCGACGACAGUAAGAAAAGUAUGCCCUAUGCAAAUAGCGAAGUCAGUUUACAUUAUUAAGGGCGUUUCCAUAUAUAUAUAUAGGUUCUGGAUAAACAUACAGUGGAAAUUAUGGAGAUAUGUGUAGAUUCCCUUGCAUAAGACAUGGAGCUCCUCAGUAGAAAUCGAUUAUGGCCACCUUAAUCAUCGUGUAUGCUUAUGGUGAACUUGGCGGUGGGUGCGCAGAUGGCUGAUGAGACCGAGUCUGGCACGACAUGUUCUUGUGCGGUAAGCGCAGUGGAUAGAUCGUAAAACUCGGUGCAGAGUUCAGGUGGUGUUUUUCGGCAUGUCUUUUGUGCUCUACAGCAGCUGUCCUGUCGGCUUCAUGUUGUAUGGAGUCUCUACAGCAGCUGUCCUGUCGGCUUCAAGUUGUAUGGAGUCUCUACAGCAGCUGUCCUGUUGGCUUCAUGUUGAAUGGAGUCUCUACAGCAGCUGUCCUGUCGGCUUCAUGUUGUAUGGAGUCUCUACAGCAGCUGCCCUGUCGGUUUCAUGUUGUAUGGAGUCUCUCCAGCACCUGUCCUGUCGGCUUCAUGUUGUAUGGAGUCUCUGCAGCAGCUGUUCUGUCGGCUUCAUGUUGUAUGGAGUCUCUGCAGCAGCUGUUCUGUCGGCUUCAUGCUGUAUGGAGUCUCUGCAUCAGCUGUUCUGUCACCUUCAUGUUGUAUGGAGUAUUUGCGUAAACUACAUUGAUCUGGGAAGUCAUGCAGCUAACUCAAACAAUUGUCUGCAAGAUGUUAAGUAGCAGAUCUAUAAAAGAUAUUAUCAUUUAUAAGUGAAUGAAAGAUGGGAAUGCAUGCACCCAUGUGUGAUUGCAGGGGUGCAAUUGAUUCGCUCUACACUUUAGGGUGAGCUAUGGUCAUAAGGUGUCAAAACAUGUACCGGUCUACUCAAAAGGUUAUCAUUUAAAUGGCAUGUGCAAUGAAGUGAUACAUCUUUUAAUUGAAAUAAGUGAUCGAAAAAAAAAAAAAAUUUUCACCAACACAAAACGGGAUAUUCGCGAAUAGUUUACUUAUAAAAAUCUAUAAUACUAUAUUAUAUAAUGUGCUACCCGUUAUCUAACCGUAGAAUAUUUCAAUCCAUAGAGAUAGACAGAAAAGUCUAUGUGGACGAGAUGGAAAGAAUUCUCAACGGGAACAGGGAGAAGAGAAACGCUCUUCGUAUCGGAAACGACUGUCUUCGUUUUAUGACGAGAAGACAAAAUAAUGUAUGUAACCAAUAGACCUUUUUAUAUUGUGAUACACUAUUAGUAGGGUUCACAAAUAGACAUUUAUGGGAUACAGGAUAUCUUUUUCGGACAAGGGACGGUAACACUUUUUUGUGUUCAAAUUGAAGACCUUAGUGCUAACAGUAAAGUAGUCACAGAAUACACAUUUUGAGAUAAUCAAUUUCAAAUAUUGCUUUCCUCUAUAGCUUGGGAUCAUUUUCAUAUUUUUUCUUGUUUAAUUAAGGGACUUAGGCACAUGUUAAUGUGUUCAAAAUUCUGCAGUACACUUGGCUAAACCGGAUAAGAACAUGCCACAGUUUAGAUAGAUUUUGACAAAAAUGUGACUUAAUUACUUUUAGCAACCGGGUCUUCAAUUGUGACAUGCCUGACCUACUAACAAAAUAUUACCCGGCUGACCUACUUAUUUAGUGUGACACGACUAACCUACGUACAAAAGUGUAACAAGACUGACUCACUUACAAAUUUUGACACGGCUGACCUACUUACAAAGUAUGACACGGUUGAACCACUUACUAAGUGCAUUAAAAAAUAAACAAUACAUUCGCCAGGUUUUAAAAAAAAUUUAUUAACAAAGACGGCAUUACUAUCACCCAGAAGGCGUGCCCUAAUAAAUGUAGAAGAAUUGACAUAUUAACUGUGAUUUUUUUAUAAGUGUGUUUAAUGCUUUGUAUAAAUGAAUGAAAUCGCUUCUUACCCGACUCACUGAAUUAAGGUGCUAUAUAUAUAUAUAUAUAUAUAUAUAUAUAUAUAUAUAUAUAUAUAUAUAUAUAUAUUGUGCAGGAGUUUUUUUAUAAAGUCAAACUAGGAGAAGUUAGUUUCCCGAAGACAGAUAUCGAACACCGACGAGCCUCGUAUUGAAUUCGAGUGAGAUUCAAUCAUGGCAAACUAGGUUUUUCAUACAUAAACUACAAAUCCGUGAUGCAAUGAACUUUAAGGAAGGUUGUUGUUCUCGUUGUCACGAGAUCAGAUAUUCACAUGUGAGGGUAGGCAAAAGAAGCAGACAAAAAAUAAGUCGACAAAACAGGCAGACAAAACACUCAGACAAAGCAGGCAUACACAACAGGCAUAUUGCGUCAUUAUGAGAAGCCCGCAUUUUGCUGACGACCUUCUCCUUCUGCAAGAAUUGAUUGUAGUUUGACGUCCACCGGCGGAAGCGACAAAACCCCAACUUUUUUCAAAACAAAUUCUUCUUAAUGUAAUUAUAUAAAGCAUCUGAGCAUUGAUAAAAAUAACGGGCUAAACAAUUGAAUGAAACGAUCGGUUCUUUUCCCGUGUUGAAACAUAAAAAAGGCAUACGCUAGAUUUAACAUUCGUUCUUCUCACAUGUUCGUAUAUUAAAAAAUUAUUCUAUUUUUAAUGUUUCAAUACCAAACUUUCACUUACUACAUGAACCAACUUCCAGAGGCGUAGCGAGGGUGUUUGGCGCCCGGGGACAAGAUUCGCGCCCUGGGACAAGAUCCUUUUUAAAGCGCCCCUUUUUCUUUUUUUUUUCAACUCUCAAAAUCAUUUUUUUCAUCAAUGAAAUAAUAUCAAAGCACAUUUUGGCGCCCCUAACUAGCUAGCGCCGGGGACAUAUGUCUCGCCCUGCCCCCCCCCCUCACUACGCCUCUCCCAACUUCUAUCUUUGGUAACAAACACCUAAACAAAACAAAAUAAUAUCAAAGCACAUUUUGGCGCCCCUAACUAGCUAGCGCCGGAGACAUAUGUCCCGCCCUGCCCCCCCCCCCUCACUACGCCUCUGCCAACUUCUAUCUUUGGUAACAAACAACUAAACAAAACCACCAAUUUCUCACCACCUUUCUCAUAAUGCUGAAAGUUUAAGAAGACAAUGAGAACAAGCAUAAAACAUUUCCUCGUGAUUCAGUUCAUUAAAUAAUAGAUGCAUUGCUCACGAAUUGUAUUCUCAUACUGGAAGAGAUGGACGCUGUUAGGUGCAUUAGUGUCAAUGUUGUCUGCUAAUACGCACUAAGAAGAAUUGUGUAGGAAAGGUGUGUUCAUUUGCCCUACUAGCAAGCAGAAUAGAAAUGUAGAGGUAGGGUGUGUUCGUUUGUCCUACUAGCCAGCAGAGUAGAAAGGUGGAGAUAGGGUUUUUCGUUUGCCCUACUAGCCAGCAGAAUAGAAAUGUGGAGGUAGGGUGUGUUCGUUUGUCCUACUAGCCAGCAGAGUAGAAAUGUGGUGGUAGGGUUUUUCGUUUGCCCUACUAGCCAGCAGAAUAGAAAUGUGGAGGUAGGGUGUGUUCGUUUGCCCUACUAGCCCGGAUAAUUUUUAUUCAUGUAUUACUAAUCAGGAUUAUGGCAAUGCGCAUGUCAGAGCGAUGAAUGCUUGAAUCACCACAAGGCUACCAUACUUAGUGGUGAAUGUGACCUGAUUCAAUAAGCUGCCACUCACUGGAGAAAAAAAAAUGUCUGCUUGUCUACCAUACAGCCCCCUCCACUUGGAUUGGGUCCUAUGAAUAUAUUAAAGACUUAAUUUAAAGAAAAUCUACUAUCGAGAUUAGAUUUCUCAAAAAAAAAAAUAAUAAAAAAUAAAAUUAGAUUUCCAGUAAGGACUUUGAAGUAGUUCUCAAAGUAUGGUUUGAAACUACUCUGGAUAAACUUGGAACGGUUUUCAACAAAAACACUUCCUGUGUUAUUCAAUGCAUCAACUUAUUUUUGUGUUCAUAAACACUUUGUUUUUCCCUAAAAAUAGAGAAGAUAUAUUUAUAUAAAACAAAUAUUAAUGACAUCAUCGAAAUAAUUUUUUUUAAAAACAUUAAUUAAACAAACUUUAUUGAAUUAAGAGUAACGAAAUCCAGAAGAUAAUCAAAGGAUAGGAUCAUGUCACCCUCCCCCACCCCCAGUCAGGGGUGGCAUGAAAGGUCAUAGUGAUCAACCGUAAGGUAAAAUUACAUGACAGCUACCUCUUUUGCGUUCCUGGGGUACGCGGAUGGUUUGCCGCUAGGGCGAAACAUCCCGAGGGAGCUGCCUCGCGGCACCUGUCCUCUCUAAAAGGAGGGUAGGUCCCACGAGAUGGGGUUAUCGGGGGUGGGGGGUCUCACGAGAUGGGGUUUUGGGAUAGGCAGGUCUCACGAGAUGGGGUUGAUGGGAGAAGAGGCACCUGUCCUCUCUAAAAGGAGGGUAGGUCCCACGAGAUGGGGUUAUCGGGGGUGGGGGGUCUCACGAGAUGGGGUUUUGGGAUAGGCAGGUCUCACGAGAUGGGGUUGAUGGGAGAAGGAGGCCCCACGUGAUGGGGUUUCUCGGGGGGGAGGGAGGUUUUACAAGAAGGAGUUCUCAGGAGGGGCGGGGGAGUUUCGUGAGAUGGGGUUCCCGGGGGGGGGAGGGGGGCGCGGUCCUUAAGUGGUUCGGCCCGGGUCACCGAUGUAAUUCCAUAUGUAAGAAUUUCAGAAGAUUACCCCAUCUAGAGCGAAAUCCCUGUUACAGUCACUACUGACUUGAGCGUGUAUGACUUAUAAAUGUUAGUUGUCUUUUACAUGAUAGAAAGUAAAGGAGACACCACGGCCUAACAUACUUGUAAUAAACUGUAACGAUCUCAUCGGCCUGCCUCUUUUCUUCUUGCUCAGAUGACCAUCGCCAUCAACACUAAGAUCUUUGAGAGUCGGCCGAACUCUGAGAAAUUGCCCAUGAUGAAAUGUGAUCUUACGGUAAGCCUUUGCGGUUAUCUCCCCUUUGUAAAAAUCCCUCAUCCCAAGCGCGCGCCCCCCCCCCCCCACCACCCCCCCCACCCCCCCCCCCCACCCCCCCCCCCCUCCCCCCCCCCCCCCCGCCUUUUUUUUCCUUCUCAAAUCAAAGUCUCAAAUAUCAAGGUUGUUAUCAAUAAGAAGCAUCUGAAUAAUUCCACCGGUUAUCGGAAUUCCCGCUAAAAAUUCUAUGCAUCUAAACAGCGAGGCGUGAUCUGAUAGCAGCCAAUUUAUUUUAAUAUAGUAAACACAGCCACGCAGCGUAUUUCUUGACAUUUCAGUGCGGCAGCUGGCUAGAAAGAACUAAAUCUAAUGUUUAUAUAAAUAUAUGAAAUAACAACAAACAAUGCAUUAAGAAUAAAAACUGUACGCCUAGAGAGAAAAAUAUAACGACAUUUACAAUGCGUUACACACAGCAGCCACGAAGUCAAUACUGGGUCUCGGCCUACAUGUUCAAAGUAUGGGUCAAGAGCCUGCAUAUCUCGUUGCUGUAGUUUAUUCAUUUAAUUUAAAUAACACGCGUGGUCUUUUAUAUAUUGGAAGAACAUGUGUUAGGUUCAUAAGAUAGUCCGAUAUAUAAUUCUAUCAUUAUUAUUAAUUGAAAGGAGCUGUCGGAACAGCACAUUUUGGCGGGAUUAAAUUUAAUCCCAUCCGUCUUGACAUCAUACUGUGAGCUGAUUUAACACAUUGGAUAAUGUGUUAAAACGUGUAUAAAAGUUAAUCAUUGCUAUUCAGAACAAGAUGUUUCAGAGUAAAUCACUUCAAAUAUAAGCACUACAUAGUACUUUUGGAUUUAAUAUAAUUUUUCAAUGAUACUGUCAUGGCACGCUGGCUCAUACUGUCAUGGCACGCUGGCUCAUACUGUCAUGGCACGCUGGCGUGUGCUAAUUGUUUGCGAACAUUGAGAUUUUUGUGUUUGACCUCUUGUAACUGUUGGCAUAGUUGAUCCAUACUCUUGCAUGAUCCAAUGGGAUACACAUGGGCAUAUGAGGUAUAUUUGAUUCCUACUCCUGUAAGAACCAGUAGAAUCCACAUGGGCAUAUGAGGUAUAUUUGAUCCCUACUCUUGUACGAACCAGUAGAAUCCACAUUGGCAUAUGAGGUAUAUUUGAUCCCUACUCUUGUACGAACCAGUAGAAUCCACAUUGGCAUAUGAGGUAUAUUUGAUCCCUACUCCUGUAAGAACCAGUAGAAGCCACAUGGGCAUAUGAGGUAUAUUUUAUUCCUACUCUUGCAAGGACAAGUUGGGAUCCACAUGGGCAUCUGAUGUAUUUUUUUUCCCUACUCCUGCAAGAAAAUAGUAGGAUCCACAAGUGGAUAUGGAACAAACCCAACAAAAAACAAAGACUCCCAUGCACCUAACAACAAGCUACAACACAUCAGCACCAUUAAUUGAAUUCUAGCCCCCUCACCCCCCCCCCCCACAAUCGCCAACCGCCCCACACCACUUCACGUAUUAAUUUUAGUGCAUGAGUGUGCAUGCUAAUUGGUAUAAUUGUGAACCUGACAGGCGUCUAUCUACAAGAAUGAUGGAAAGCUGUUCCGAUAUGGCAAGAGGCUGAUGAAGCAAGAUUACAAGCGGGAACAAAAGGAGAUCACCAAGAAGUUACAGGAGGAAGAGUUGGCAAGGGCGGUGGAAGAGAAGGUCCGCUCAGUGGAUGAGUUUAACCGGCACUGCGAGGUAGGUCAUUAGCACUGGACAUUAGCUGGGCUGUGAUGUCGGUCCUUAGCAGGGUACACUCGCCGGACUGUGAGGUAGGUCAAUUGCAGGGGCCAAUAUCCGACUGUGAGGUAGAUCAGUUGAAGUGGACAAUAGCCGGAAUGUUAGGUAGGUCAAUUGCAGGGGCCAUUUGCCGGACUGUGAGGUGGGUUAACAUUGAGGGAAAUAACCGGGACGUUGAGGUAGGUCGACGGUUGUGUAGAUACCUAGGACUCUCAGGAUGGUACAAGGCUGGGGAACUCAAUUGGAUUGUCAGGUGGAAAAAAAACAGCAUGGGAGCCAAUCAGGACUGUUAAGUCGGUCGGCGAUAUGGGAGACAAUGGGCACUGUGUGGUUGGAAACGGAAGGGGUAAUAACCGGGAAUGUUAGGUAUGUCGACAGAAGGGCUUGAUCCUAGAACCAUUUGUGCCGUACCUAAUGGUUGGUUGAUCAUAGAACCAUUUGUACCAUACCUGAGGGUUGAUUGGCGUUAGCCCAGUCCUUAAACAUUCGCUCGGCAUCAAAUUAUUUAUUUUUUAACAUUUCACGUUUACUUGUCUUUUUGUUUGGCCACACUGAUGUUCCUCUCCAACACUAACCACACGCCACUGACUCCUGCCCCAGUCCUAUCUUAGCCAACAAGUCCGCGUAGAAGACAACAAAGAUCGCCAGGUCGCUGCCAAACUCAUCUACAGAGACCUGCAAAAAGUGCUCGCUGCUUUGGACAAGGUAAUUUUUAUGUCACAUUGGGAAUUAGUGUCGGUGGCCUGGGGGGAUCCCCGGUCGACCGAAAACGCUGCGUUUAAAGCGUUCGCGGUCCACUCUCUCUAAGGGUCUUGGCGGGUUUGCUUCCACUCAUGAGGAAAGGUGUUGCGUUACCGCCCACACCACCCAGGUAGUCUUUCACUCGGGACGAUUGCUUGGACGAAACGGUUGCUUAGGAGUGGCUUUCUCACGGCCUGGUAUCUAAAAUCAUCUGCAUGUGUUUUAACCGCCACCCAAACAUCAUAACCAUCAACGGUUAACCAUAAAUGAUUAACAAGUCAUCAUGUUACGACCUUACUACUCCCUUUGCGUUGGGAGUCGUGCGGUUGGCCGAGGUUUAUUGGUUCGGAAGAACAGUACCACCCUAAUAGUUCACCACGCCACGAAGAGGCAAACCCCAUGUGGACGCCCGAAGUUCCUCGGAGACGCUUUCGCUGACGCAGAACGGUGAACGAGGUAAUAAAAGGAUAUAUUAAACGAUUUUCUAGUGCACUCCAAACGAUACAAUGUUAUGUGGAGAUCAAUCCUGUCAACAAAUAGUUCGUACUGAUGCAGAAUGUUUGACAGCCUUGCGUCAGGAAAUAAAAUCCCAAUGCUUUCAUGCAAAAGAAAGGCGUCGAUUUUUAAAAAAAAUUAAUUCAAAUUUAAAAAAAAAAAAUAUUUUGAUUUUAAGAUUUACAGUGUGAAAGCUGAUUAUCUCUGUAUAUAUGCAUUUAUUACUUUUUAUUUAAAAAAAAUUGAAAUGUAAUCAAUAGCAAUCAUUCUCUGGUUAUGUAAGGAAGUAUGGAGUAAUGAUGUGUUCAAUAGCGCACAAAAUAAAAUUACCGAUAAAUGCGCUAAAUGUGAUUCUUAAAAAAAUAUCGCAGGUCCGUUAGGUGUGUAGUAUUUUCUUUUGUUUCACGGGAAUAUUCUCACUUUAAAUAUUAAGCACUAAAUCUGAGGUGUAAAAGUGGUUGUGGUAUUAGAAUAUCAAUAUAGUUCAGGGGUGGGAAAUAAAGUGUGCGUUGAUGUACCUGGGAAGUUGGGGGGGAGGGGGGUGUGAGAUUGCACUAAUAAGGAUUCAUUAAAGUGCGUUCCUUGCAUGCAUGUUUUAUCCAGUAACUUGAGUCGAUGGGAAGUUCACGCAUUGCCCCCGUGAUUGUUUGGAAAGCUGGAGCUAGUAACCAUACAUGUUCCUUGACUUCCAGAACCUGAUGGAAUAUCCGUUUCGGAUUAAGGAAAUUGAAGACAAAAUUAUAGAGAGAAGAAAGGAGGUCAACGACUUUUUGGAACUAAAGGCUGGUGCCCUGAGGUUUCUGGACAUUGAGGAGGUUAGGGCACUGUCAGUACUUUUGUAUUGUAAACUUUGAAUGAAUUUUCUCUAAACAUUGAGGAGGUUAGGCACUGUCAGGACUUUUGUAUUGUAAAAAUUGAAAGAAUAUCCUCUAAACAUUGAGGAGGUUAGGCACUGUCAGGACUUUUGUAUUGUAAAAAUUGAAUGAAUCUCCUCUAAACAUUGAGGAGGUUAGGUACUGUCAGGACUUUUGUAGCGUAAUCUCUGAAUCUCCACUGGAUAUUGGGGAAUGUACAUUUCUAAAAUGAAAUAAUGAAGCACUGUCAAAAAUAACGAAUAUAAUGUCUAAUUUCAUUAUCUUUAAAACUAACCAUAUUUUAAGUUAUUGUAUUUCAUAAAAGAUAUAAAAUAUAUAAUUUAUGUUCAUAUUCCUGUUAUUGAUAUAUUAAAUGGUGUAAAUUAUAUACUGCUUUAUAUAAUAUAUCUUAAGAAGACUACAAAAUAAAAACCUUGCAGAUUAUGUGAAGAAGAGAUGAUAGAAUAUGUCCGCACACAAUAUAAGACCUCUACGAAUGUACCGCAAAUAGUAUCAGCUGGAUUUAUUUGUACAUUAAAAAAACAAAAAAAAAAUUGCACAAGCCUUCAAUGUUUUGAUGCCUUCUCACAGACCCAGCUGGGACCACUCAAUGAAGAGCUGAAGAUUGUCAACAACCAUUUCGAGAAAAUCAUCGCCGUGAAGAAGCAAGAGCUGGACGACAGGAGGAAGAACAACUCACUUGGGAAGUUUCUAGCUGAAAGGGUGAGUGCCCUGGUGUUUACUAAUUCUACAUUGCUAUGCACUCAGUGGUCGAACUAGGGAAGUUUUUCUUAUUUUGUUAACUGCUUUACCGUUAGACACGUACAAUUAAUCCGUUACUUGGACUGUCAGUUAACGACCCAUUUCUUGAAUAACUAUCAACUUCUGAAUAUAAGCCUUCAUUGUAGAUUUAAGGCAGAUCAAAUAGAAUUGCAUUUUAGCUUUAGGAACCUAUUCUAUUCCUACCAUUUUAUAGCUCGGGCACAUACUUUAAAAAAUUAUGUAUCGUUAAUUGAAAAAGACCUAGUAUAUUUGUGUAUAGUUGUAUUCAGUAUAUAUUUAUUUAAAAAGUUGUCUAAAGUAUAUCUUUAUUUUCUCUCUAUAUAUUCUUGUUGAUGAAAUCAGGAUGAGCAAUUUAUGUUAGAUGUAUUUGUAAUAUUGUAACUCAUGGGGACUAUUAUAAGAUUAUAUGUGUGUUUGCCGUAAAUGUUUUUGAUUGUCAUAAACCGAGAAGCGAUUUUUUUUAAUGUUGACUUUAAUUGAGCUGUUGUGUAUCUUUACAGGACAGUCAUAGUUUUAACUUUACUGGCAGCUCAAGUAAGUAGAGGGACAUACUCUGUGUUGAAUAGUUCAUAGAAAAUGUAUCAUAUGUCAAUGCUUCAUACAACUGUUGAGGCAAACCCAAAGCCUUGUCCCACAACCCUUUACAGAAAUACAGCCUAGCUUCACAACCUCUGAUAAAAUUAUAGCCUCACCGAAGGCUUGAGACACCAACUUGUCUUUGAGAUUUUCACUGGCCAAAUAGCCACGCCACCCCCACCCCCCCCCCACACACACAUAAAUUAACACUGGCACACACACGGUAAUUAAAAACAUUACUUUUCCACGUUAGACAAUAUUUGUAAAUUGGUUUAUAUAUAUGGUAUACAUUAUCCUUUACUGUGUUAAUUUCAACUUUAGAAUAAAAAUAUUAUGUCCCUAGACAUUACAGACAUGAAGAUAAAGGCCAGGAACAAGGCACUGGUCAACGCUCAUGACAUCAUGCUCCAGCUCAUGGACGCAAUGUUGGUCUCUGACAUCAAUGUAGGAUAUUAGGAUAUGUAUACGUGUUUAAUGCUAGAGGCUUUACAGCUAUAAUUUAUCAGUUAAACAUGUUAAUCAAUGAAUGGUGUUUUAUCAUACACUCACACUGUUUUUAUUUUAAAAUGGAUACAUGAAUGGCGAUGGAAUUAUGUUGUUUUCUGAAUUUAGAAGCAGGCAGUGUGCCUAAACAUAUUACGCAAUACAAAAAAAGUACGAUGUUGACCAGACAGGGUUUGUAGAUUGUGUUGACUAGGCAAAGAUUGUAUAUUGUGUUGACAAGACAGGGUUUGUAGAUUGUGUUGACUAGGCAAAGAGUGUAUAUUGUGUUGACAAGACAGGGUUUGUAGAUUGUGUUGACUAGGCAAAGAGUGUAUAUUGUGUUGACUAGACAGGGAGAGUAGAUUGUGUUGACUAGACAGGGAGAGUAGAUUGUGUUGACUAGACAGGGAGUGUAGAUUGUGUUGACUAGACAGGGAGUGUAGAUUGUGUUGACUAGACAGAGAGUUUAGAUUGUGUUGACUAGACAGGGAGUGUAGAUUGUGUUGACAAGACAGUGAGUGAGGAUUGUGUUGACAAGACAGUGAGUGAGGAUUGUGUUGACAAGACAGGGAGGGUAUGUGGUUUUGACAAGACAGGGAGGGUAGGUGGUUUUGACUAUACAGGGAGGGUAGAUUGUGUUGACUAGACAGGGAGUUUAGAUUGUGUUGACAAGACAGUUGCAUUUAGGUUUGCAAACGUCCAUUAAAAAGCACAUAAGAAAUACAUGCAGAUAGGAUGUGUUUUAUCGAUGUUUUAAAAUCGAGAUGAGGGUCUGCGUGCGUGGAAUGUUUCGAAAACGUUUAAGAACCCCUGAGCUAAAGUGUUCAUUAGUGUUUUGAAUUUUCCAAAAGACUAUUUGAAUUUUAUACUUUAAUUCAAGUAUCAAAUGCCCGAUUUCCCAAUUUAUCGUUAAAAUUUUAAAAAAAUAAUUAUUCAAAUUAUGGGAAACAUGUGUCAAUUUGCAGCCGCCCACAUCCAAUCCCCCACACCACCCAAACCACCCACAACCCCACCUCCCAAACCACCAACCACCCACACCCCCACAACCCACACCACCCACACCCCACACCACCCACACCCCACACCACCCACACCCCACACCACCCACACCCCACACCACCCAUACCCCUCACACCCCCAACCACCCACACAACCCAUACCACCCACUACUACCCAUACCCCGAAAGCACCCAAACCACCCCCACACCCUCCACCACCCACACCACCCAAAACAAACCCACCCCACCACCCACAACCCACACCCCCACCACCCACCCCCACUACCCACUCCAGCCCCACACCCACACCACACGCACGCUCCGAGAUGAUGUUCCCAAUGUUUCGCUUUUUUUGCCCACACUAAAACAAAACAAUAAGAUCAGCUGAUUCAUGCCCCAAGCGCCUAAAUGCCACGUGCACAUGUUUUCCAAUAUAUUUCUUUAAUUUCAUUUCUUCCUGGGACUGUCAUCACACAGACCUGUGUUUGUUUGGCUCAGCGAUGUGUUGGCUCGUGUUUGCUGGGUCAGCGAUGAGUUGGCUCGUGUUUGUUGUGUCAGUGAUGAGUUGGCCAGAUAUGUUAAUCUCAUCCAUUUUAUUCCAAUCUCUCGCGGACCAAUGGAUCGCGCGGAUAAAUAAUGCCCCAUCGUUUCCGCUUCGCUCAAAUGCCUGUUUGCCAUUUCUUGCCUCUGUCAUGCAACAAGGGCGAACAGAUCUCUUUAAUAUUUCUUAGCCGAGUCGCCUGCUGUGCUCAGUUCUACCAAUGCUAGAUCAAAACGGACCGCUGCCAAACAUUAGUUGUUAGAUCUCUGUUAAAAUGCACUUCCAAUACACUUGGAAACAAUUAUUAGUCUUGUCGGCAUAGCGAAUGCGAAACAAAAGUUAAUUAAAAUUGAGAAAAAAAAACCAACAACAUAUGCAUUAUCAGGAUAUCUCAAAUACGAUCUAAUGCAACGUGAACCUUGAUCUUUAUUAUACCAGAUAAAUUGACAUGUCACAGAUGACUUUUACUAAUGUCACAUCAGGGUCAGUGACACCAAUGACUCUUCCUCAUUUUUACAUAAAGUGCAGUGACAUCAAUGACUUUUCCUGAUGUCACAUAAGGUUCAGUGACAUCAAUGACCUUUCCUCUUGUCACAUAAGGUUCAGUGCCAUCAAUGACUUUUCCUCAUGUCAGACAGUGAAGUGUCAAUAAAGAUUAUUCCUAGUGUGACAGGGAGUGCUGUUUCACCAAUGAUGUAUUUCACACUGUCGAUCGAUUUAUGUAACAAAUUUUCAUUUUACAUUUACAGAGAAAAAAAGUUGUGUUUUUUUGUUUGUUUGUUUUUGUUUGUUCAGCCUUGUUUGUGGUUGUCUCUGUGUCUUUCUUUGCAAACCUGCGACAGCUGUCUAUGAACUGUAUGACGUGAUGAGCAGGGGAAGACAGGAGGCUAAUAAGAAAUAUAUGGAGGGGCUACUCAAACAAUUUGAAGACAUUGGUAACGUCUUUGUCAAAUCAAGAUUCGCAGAAGACACUUUGUCUUGCCUGAGUCGUAUUGGAAAACUUACUCGGACAUUGUCAAAUUUUCGUAAGGUUGAAAUGAGAACAAAGACAUAUAUGAAAAUAGAACGCCGUCUAGCUUUGAGCCCAGUUAGAUCCCCCCCCCCCCGAGUGGUCUCAUGAGGUUGAAAUCCCUGUCCGGUUAGCGUGACGUGGACCGCUUGCACAGCACCGUGACACAGAAGGGCGACUGCCCCCUCUCUCCCCCCCCACGUGACACAGAAGGGCGACUGCCCCCCCUCUCCCCCCCCCCCCGGUCAUCCAUUUAAUCCUACCUUAUCUCCGAGUGGCUAGACCAGAUUUACGCAAGCCUUUAAGCCCCCCACGCCCGCCAUGGGCAUCGAAACAGGUUUAACCCACCGCCCCUACCCCCACCCUACCCCCUACCCCUCCAUUGCGGAAGUGAUAAGGCAAAUAGGUCUACAUCUUGCAGCCAUGGAGACUGAAUUUCUCGGUCUGUUUAGGCCAAAAGAUUCAAUGUUGUAAGUUCAAACUUGCAAUUGGUUAUAAACUUUUUUGUAAUCCCCUUAAUGCCAAAUAAUAAAGGCGGUUAACUUUAAAAAAAAAACAAUGUCCCGUCUAAUACCUCCAUAAUAAAGAUAACUACAUUUGCUAUCUAAAAAUCUUAAAAUUGUCUCAUUUAACAUUGAAGACAACAAAGUCGUGUUCAUGAUUGAUCAGCAGCAAGGAUGAGAGAGUAAGAAUGAUGAGCACAACAUUUUUUUGUUUUUUUUUUAAAUGGCCCCGAUUGUCUUCGCAUGUAAAGGACGUCAUGUAAAUAAUUUAACAACAUAAUUUUCAAUGCUUUAAAUAAUAUUAGAGAAUAUAGCCAAAAAUGGUAACAUAUUAUUAUUACAUUUUUUUUUAUUUCCGACAGUUCGUGGUGGACUGCAUCCUUGACCAGGAGGACGUCACCAGGCUGCUACGUAACGAGAAAGAAGAUAGGCUCAUGGAGAACGCCAUCUUGAAGUCUGAUCUGACGAGGUUGACCCGGAACAACAACGUUCUGAAGUACAAUGACGUCAAGCAAGCCAAGUGAGCGAUGAACUCUGACUUAUCGAACCCGGGGGGGGGGGGGGGGGGGGGGGGGGGGGUGGGGUGGGGGCCGUGAAAAAAUACGAGAUCUAAUCGGAAAUAAAAAUAAAAAUGUUCCAACUUUAAGUAUUUUGUGAGAAUCUAUGCCCUUGAUAUUAUUGUGAAAAACAUGUGAAAAAAUUACAUACCAAAAUAACUUUUUGUAUCAGUUUCUUUUGCCAGCUAUGUUCAGGUGUAGCAACUCCCCUUUAAUUCCGGCUUUCAGUUGUGUUAGAUUUUUUUUUAAUCCUUAAAAGUGAGGCGCUAGUUUAAAGAUACCUCUAUUAUUGCUCCUCUGUAGAGACCACCAUUGCGUUUCUUCCAGACGUGUCCUUUGAUCUUGACUUGACAUUUUUAAUUAAAAUUCACAACUUAAAAUUUACCCCAAAAAUAUAUAUCUGUUAUGUACAUUCAAAUAUCUAACAAGUGAUCAGCAGUAAAGCUUAUAAUUUAUCAAUCUGCUCAUGUCUUCUAGAUAGAUGUGACUCGUGGUGUGUACGUGUAUCUACAUAGAUAUGACUCACCAUGUGCUCGUUUAUCUACAUAGAUAUGACUCACCAUGUGUUCGUGUAUCUACAUAGAUAUGACUCGCGAUAUGUUCGUGUAUCUACAUAGAAAUGAUUCGCGAUGUGUUCAUGUAUCUACAUAGAUAUGACUCACCAUGUGUUCGUGUAUCUACAUAGAUAUGACUCGUCCUGUGUUCGUGUAUCUACAUAGAUAUGACUCGUCCUGUGUUCGUUUAUCUACAUAGAUGUGACUCGUCCUGUGUUCGUUUAUCUACAUAGAUAUGAAUCGUCCUGUGUUCGUGUAUCUAUAUAGAUAUGACUCGUCCUGUGUUAGUUUAUCUACAUAGAUGUGACUCGUCUGUGUUCGUUUAUCUACAUAGAUGUGACUCGUCCUGUGUUCGUUUAUCUACAUAGAUAUGACUCGUCCUGUGUUCGUGUAUCUACAUAGAUGUGACUCGUCCUGUGUUCGUUUAUCUACAUAGAUAUGACUCGUCCUGUGUUCGUGUAUCUACAUAGAUAUGACUCGUCCUGUGUUCGUGUAUCUACAUAGAUGUGAUUCGUGCUGUGUUCGUAUCUACAAAGACGUGACUUGUUCUCUGUUCGUCUAUCCCAGGGUUCGUCAGAAGCUGGAAGCUAGUUUAGCAGCCGAGAAAAGGGAGCGCCAUCGCUUUGAGGAGCUCGACACCUGCUUACGUCUGCAGGAUCGCCUUGUCUCGGACAUUUCCGUGUCCCUCCGUGCCAUGUUUGAGAGACUUCGGCCAAUCAAGUUACAGGAUGUAAGCAAGGCGCACUCUUUAAAAAAAAAAAAAAGAAUGAGAUUUCCAAUACAAUAGAUGGAGCCCCCUAAUGCAAUAAUACAAUAAAAAAAUGUCCACAUAAUAUGAUAGCUAGACUCCAUAUAAUACAAGAGAUUAUGCAACUCAAAUACAAUAGAUUCAGUUUAUCUAACAGAAUUGAUUCAGCCCAUCUAAUACAAUAGAUUCACUCCGUAUAAUACAAUAGAUUCAGCCCAUAGCAUAGCAUAGAUUCAGUCCCACUAUUUAAUGUCUCUUUUUGUUAAAGCUUUAAAGUGUAAAAAAAAAAAAAAUUAAAAAAAAACAACAAUCAUUUAUACUGCUUGAAUUCACGCCAAUCCUCUUCACUUCUGAAAUGUAGAUUGUACAUGCUGUAACUAUUGUGUAGGCCGUGUCAACAAAGUCGGUUUUAACUGAAUCUGCUAAAUGUUCACUCCCGUCAACUUGAGUCGUUUCAAAAUGAUCAAAGUUUCAAAAACUUGAUAAAUAAUAACUUUUAAGCUGUCUAAGGGAAUUAGCAAUCGACCCUGAAGUGUGCGUUAGAGGAAAUGUCUUAGUAGUAAGUGACAAACGCAAUGAAAAGAACAUUUAGGAUUUUCCUAAAAAUAUUCAUUUCAGAUGCAUUUUUUAAAAAAGUUCACAAUUUCACUGUAUCUAAUCUUUAGAACCAUUUAAUGAUACACACGUCGUCUAGUUACACACAGUUAAUCUAGAGUCAUCUAGUAAUACACAUUUAACCUCUCGUCGUGGCCUCGUGAAUACCUCGCCAUACUUUAACUCUUGUUUGCGUGUCAGCCAUGUGAUGCUUUGAUUCUCCUAGGACAAUAACUUCUACAAGGGAGACCUACUGAUAGACAUUCAGAAUUUUAUUUUGAAAGUUCAGAAGAUGAGAUCCAUCGUGGAGAAGCGAACUGUGCCCGUUGGAAGAGUUAAGCCACUAAUGGUAAGUUGAUUAUUGAUUACUUUUUUUUUAUUAUUAUUCCAUAGCCAUCGGGAUGUUUAAAUGCAGAAAAAAAAAAGAGAAGAUGUUUUAUCCUCAAUACAACAUUAAGACCAAAUUAGAGGCGAUGAGGCUGUCCGUUAAUUUGGAGGUCGGGCGGUUUUGUAACGAUUGCGCAUCGAUAGGCUGCAUGCUGUCUCCAUCUUGGCCUAGUUUGACGUGUGGACAGUCAAACACAUUUGAUUGACCGGUUUGUUACUCAAGGCCGAGUUGCAUGGCCGGAGUCCCCAGGGACUGCUGGACUAUGUUUCACGGCCAAAGGUCCUAAGAGAUGGAAUCUGGACCUCCGAGUAUUGAUCUUUAUUAGUGGUUUGAUAAGUCGAUAGGCAGCACGAAAGACAUAGGAGUGCGCACUAAAAUCCUAGACCCAGCAAGUUCAGUCUUUACCAUUUUGUGACACAAAUUUGGAUUGACCACUGCUCAGUACGAUUCUAUUUCCACCACCUAGGCCGCGACAGGACCCAAGGUGUCGGCAUGGCAAACCAGUCCAAAGAAACCGCGAAAAAAGACCGUUGACGUCGUGCCUUAAAGAUUGAUUUUUGUAUUCUAGGGCGGAAAGCAUACCCUUCCUUAAAUAUAUGUUGUAUGGUACAGCCCAAGAGAUAGAUAUUUUUUCCCAUAGUGCUAGCCAUCUGUAGCGAUUUAGCUCGGCCCCUCCUGGAGUAUGGAUUACCCGUGUCAAAACCCCUCAGGAUCAGGCAGUUCAAUGACUGUUUAACAGGAGCCAGUCAAAUCUUAAAAUGUAGAAUAGACUUAUGGAAACUUUUAAUUGAAUGGAUAAAAAAGGGAGCAGAUUUAACAAUUUUUAUCAUAUAACAUUACUAUUAACAAUCAUGAAACUGUAAAAUUUAUUAACAAAGGGUAUCAUGGCACUGUGCCUGAUCAAACAAGUUGUGGUAAAGUUUUUGAAAGGUAUAGAAGCAAUGCCAAGAAAGCAUUAACGGAAAUAACUUUGUCAGAAUCUCAAAAGCCUUUUCAUUUGUUAAUCAUAAAUUACCUACAAACAAGUGUCUUGAACGAGCGAGUGUUAGAUUUAAAAAAAAAAAAAACGAAAAACAACGAGACUGGUUAAAGUGAAAUAACUUUGUCAGAAUUUCAAAAGCCUUUUCAUUUUUUAAUCAUAAAUUACCUACAAACAAGUGUCUUGAACGAGCGAGUGUUAGAUUUAAAAAAAAAAAAAAACGAAAAACAACGAGACUGGUUAAAGUGUCUGACUCGUCUUGUCGUUGUCCUCCUCAGCUACGCAUGUUCAAGGAAAAGCGCAUCCCACAGGACUCCAUCCGCGUGGAGAUGCAGCAUUCGUUGAUAGCUAGUCAGAUGACGGCCUUUGAAGCCUUCGAGUCCGACCAGCCAGGCUACACGUCCAGGGAGAUGCUGAAAGCCAGGGCCGAGGAGAUCUCGGCUAAGAACAGAAAGAUCAAGGCACCAUAGUGGUUGUAUCAAGGCACCGUAGUGGUGGUAUCAAGGCACCAUAGCGGUUGUAGUGGUGCCACGCCUGAGCUUCACUUUUUUUUUUUUAACGAUAAUGUUUUAUCACGUAAAGAUCAGCAAAUAUAUAAGAGAUCAUGUUUGUUUUGAACAGCUGUGUUUAAAUAGGAAAAUCAUCAGAAGAAAAUAUAUAAUCCUACUUUACAAGUAGUUGUCGGAGAGUGACGUAGCUCUGAUCUUCAAAUGUUUUAUGAGUCAGAAUGUUUUUUCAAACGUUUGCUUUUUUCUUAUCUUUUAAAAAAAACAACAACGUAGGUUUCCGGAUUAAAAGUAACACAUUUUUUACG